UUAGGAAAAGUUAACGGUUCAUGAACAGAGAACACUAAAUGUACUUUAUGCGAUUUGUGUCUUGGAAAACUUUCGUUUAUUUGUGUGUUUAUGUUUUUCUUUUUUUUGUUUUUUCAAUUUUCUUUUUUAAACCAAGACAGAUGAGUCAGAAUCUACUGGAGCCAUAGCCACCCAAAUCAGCCUAACUCUUCUCAGUGAACAAGGUUUCCAUCAGUGACCAACUCCUGAAGAAUGGCAGCCAUUCCAGCAGGCGGUUCCCUCGUCGCGACCACCGACUACUACCGAAGGCGCAUCAGCUCUACGUCCAGCAGCAGCUCAUGCGGCAGUUCGGAGUUCAGUGGGGAGGUCAUCCCGCACCAUCCAGGACUCCCUAAGCAGGAUUCUGGCCAUUGGUGGUCCAGCUUCUUCUUUGGGAAGCAGCCGGGGAUGACGCCGCUCACCGAGGAGGCGCAGCAGAAGGCGGGGGUCUCGGGCGGCGUGACGACCGGUCAGAUCACCUGCAUCGCCAAGGAGAUGAUGCUGCAGCGGCAGGCGAGCGAAAGCAGCGAGGCAGGAAGUCCCAACUCCCCGUGAUCCUGCCACUGUUCAGCCCCGGCCAGGGGAGAACCGGACCAACCGCCAACGCUAGGCGACGGAGAUCAUCCCAUUUACAACUUCUUUUGUUUUUUUAUUUUUUAAUAAAUAUUUGUGGUAGUAAUGGCUGCGUUUUUUUUUUUUCAUAUUUUUUAACAUUUUUUUAAUGACUAAAAAACAACAAAAAAAGAGAAACUGAGCUCGUUACCAUUUGUAACGUUUUGCUUUGUAACACCGUCGCAUUGACACCGUGGUGCACACCUUCAUGUUUUGUUACCCUUAUUGUCUCCUUGUUAUAUUGCAAACAGAAUAAAGUAGUCUGUUGCAGCCAA